AAGAGGCACAUGUGAGACACACAGAGUGUCUGCAUAUUGGUUGAUUUUUUUCCGAUCUGAUCUCGUCAGUAUGCUGGGGCUGCUGCUAAUUGCCUGCAUGCUGCUGCAGGCUGCAGACUCCAGAUGCCCAGAUGACCCAAUUUAUCUUGUGACAGUGGCCUCCCAAACAACAGGCGGCAGUACAGAGACAAUCUGUGCCCACAUUCUUCUUCAGAAUGGACCGCUCUCUUUUACGCUUACCCUGGAAAUAGGUCCCAGUAAUACCACUCUCUUGGAGGAAUUAGUUAUGACAGAGUUCCAUCGCUGUGUACAGUUCCAGGUUCCUUCUGUUGUCACUAAUACCGUGGCAACAAUUGAUGCCUCCCUCAAGGGGGAAAAAACAUCUUUGAGCAAGAAGACCAAAAUCUGGAUCAAACCAAUCUCCUCCCUCACCAUCAUACAGACAGACAAGCCCAUCUACAAACCAGGACAGACUAUCAAGUUCCGUAUUGUCUCCCUGGAUUCUAGCUUCCUGCCUCAUGAGGAAGUGUUCCAGGCUAUUGAGUUGCAGGACCCUAAGUCAAAUCGUAUUGCCCAGUGGUUGAAUCAAUCAAUCACCACUGGAAUUCUGGACCUGUCCCACCCCACAACGCCUGAGGCCAAGCAAGGCAACUACACCAUCUCAGCCAGGACAAAGAGGGACGCUAUCACCACCCAGACCUUUGAGAUCUUAGAAUAUGUCCUGCCAAAGUUUGAGGUUAUCGUCCUCUUCCCUGAUGUCAUAUUUGCCCAAGACAAAAACGCAACAAUAAAGAUUUGUGGGAAGUACACCUAUGGGAAACCUGUCCUGGGUUCUGUUAAGGCCACAGCGUGCAUCAAGCCUCAGAGGAGGAGGUUUUCGCAUCAUCAAUAUUGUAGGGAAGAGUCUACUACGAGGACUGACAAGACCGGAUGUGCAACAAUCUUUCUCAUUGCGACAGACGAGAUGUACCUUUCCCCAAAUACUCAACAUAGCCUUACUGUGGAUGGCAAGAUGGAGGAAGAUGGAACAGGUGUUGUUUUGACAGGCUCUGGCAGUAAAAACAUAAUCACAGGGGGAAAAAUUCAUAUUGAGUUUCAAGACACUCCGUCAUCUUUCAAGCCAGGAAUAAACUAUGAGGGAAAGAUCAUUGUGAAAGGUUCCUCUUCCUCUAUUGCCAACAAGCCCAUCUUCCUCCAUGGACCCAAGGGGGCUACAUGGAAAUUGACCACUGACAGUGAGGGUGUGGCCCACUUCUCACUGGACACCAGUGGUUGGUUGGAAGAAAGUGCCAACCUAAUUGCGAGUUGUAAUGAAGAGUCAACACAAAUACACAGCACAUGCUCAGCAGGCCAUACAGCCUCCAUAUUUUAUUCGAAGAGCAAGAGCUUCCUGAGUAUCAAGCAUGCAAAAGAAUCACUUCCUUGUGAUCAGGACAACCAAGUCCUGGUGCAUUAUAUCAUCCAAGGGCAUGAGCUUAAGGAGAAGAAGACUCUUGACUUUUUCUACUUGGUUUUGUCCAAAGGGAGCAUUGUGCAGCACGGGCGUUUUGAAGUGAUGCUGAAUGAAGCAGAAGUUAAGAGAGGGGAGUUGUCUUUCUCCCUGAAGCGGACAGGAGAUCUGGCCCCUCAUGCCCAGGUGGUGGUGUACACAGUGCUGCCUGAUGGAGAGGUUGUGGCAGACAGCUACGACUUUCCCAUCCAGUUAUGCUUCAAGAACAAGGUGUCUCUCCAGUUCUCCUCCACCCAGGAGCUCCCCGGAGGGAAGGUGUUUUUGGAGCUGCAGGCCCAGCCGGGGUCACUGUGCUCCCUGAGGGCCAUCGACCAGAGUGUCCUUCUCAUGAGACCAGGCAAGGAGCUGAGUGCACAGGAGGUCUAUGGGAAGUUGCCUGUCAAGAAGUUGCUUGGCUAUCCACAUAUUCUCCAGGACAGGGAUCCCCCUCCCUGCCUUUCCCUUACACCAGGGCACCCAGAUAGCUUCUACCACCGACCAGAAAGCCAGAAAACGGAUCUCUAUGGCAUCUUUGAGGCAGUUGGUGUUAAAGCCCUGACCAACUCAGGCAUGCAAAAACCUGUUCCCUGCUUUUACAUGGAGAGGAGAACUAUGGGUUCACCAGGAGUUGGAAGAGAUUGGGAUGAUGAUUUGAUACUUUUCCGCACUACAUCCACAAGUUACAGAGGUAAAGGAAAGAAAAUCAUCAAACUCACAGAAACCAUUCGCACGUUCUUUCCUGAGACCUGGAUUUGGGACCUGGUAACGGUGGGAGAUUCAGGCAGAGUAAAAGUGGAGCAAACCAUCCCGGACACUAUUACCAAAUGGGCAGCAAGUGGAUUCUGCAACUCUCCCGCAGGAUUCGGGCUGGCCACCAACACAAUCCUCACGGCCUUCCAGCCCUUCUUUGUGAGCCUGACGCUGCCAUACUCUGUCAUCCGUGAAGAGAUGUUCCCACUGAAGGCCACUGUCUUCAACUACCUCUCCAAGUGCAUCAUGGUGCAUGUCAGCCUGAGAGAGUCGGCACAGUUCACAAGCCAGCCGUGCGAUGGCUGCCAGUAUAAGCGAUGUCUCUGUGGUGAGGAGAGUGAGACCUUCACCUGGAUCGUCACCGCCACCACUUUGGGUCGGGUGAACAUUACAGUAAGUGCAGAGGCCCUGAACACUGAGGAGCUAUGUGGCAAUGAGGUGGUCACCGUGCCAGAGAGGGGACGAAUCGACACUGUUGUCCGUACACUGCUUGUGGAGCCUGAGGGCACUGAACAGUCCAUCAGUCACAAUGCACUGCUGUGUCCUCAAGAGGGAGCUGUGGAGAAGGCUGUUUCUCUGGAGCUGCCAGAAGUUUUUGUGGAGGGUUCUGCCAAAGCCUUUCUUUCCGUCCUGGGCGAUCUGAUGGGCCGUGCCAUGAAGAAUCUGGACAGCCUGUUGGCUAUGCCAUAUGGCUGUGGAGAACAGAACAUGCUGCUUUUUGCCCCCAACAUCUAUAUCCUCAGGUACCUGGAGACCACAGAACAGCUGACAUCGAAGAUCAAGAACAAGGCCAUUACCUUCCUGGAGAGUGGAUAUCAGCGGGAGCUGAACUACAAGCAUAAUGAUGGCUCCUACAGUGCCUUUGGAGAGAGCGACUCUUCAGGGAACACCUGGCUCACUGCAUUUGUGAUGAAGUCUUUUGGAGGCGCAACGCAAUACAUCUUCAUUGACCCAAAAUACAUUACCAGUGCCAAGGUAUGGCUCAGCCAGCAGCAACAAGAAGAUGGCUGCAUAAAGUCUGUGGGGAAGCUCUUUAGCAAUGGAAUGAAGGGUGGAGUCAGCGAUGAGGUGAUGUUGACAGCCUAUGUUACCGCAGCACUCCUUGAGCUGGGCACUAACAGCACUGAUCCCAUGGUGCACAGGAGCCUGUCAUGUCUGAGACUGGCCUCAGAUCAGAUCAACAGCACUUAUGCCACUGCCCUGCUCUCCUACACCUUCACCCUGGCCGGGGACAUUGAAAUGAGGACUCGUCUCAUUGGCCGUUUGGGCGAAGUGGCCAUUAUCACAGAACAAGGUCGUCACUGGGAGCGUGCUGGGGCUUCUGGAAAAGGCUCUCUAGCAGUGGAGAUGACCUCCUACGUGCUCCUAGCACUCCUCUCUGGGCCUCCCGUUGCUGACUUUGACUUGAGCUACUCCAGCUCUGUUGUUCGCUGGCUGGCAGACCAGCAGAACCCCUACGGCGGGUUCUCCUCCACACAGGAUACAGUGGUGGCCCUGCAGGCUCUGACACUGUAUGCUGCUGCCACCUACAGUAAGGGAGGUGCCAGCACAGUGAUGGUGACCUCUACAGGUGGAUAUAAAAGGCAGUUCCGUGUGGAUGAGCACAAUAGACUGCUCUACCAGCAGGAGCAGCUGCAGGAGGUGCCUGGAGUCUACAGUAUUAAGGCAGAUGGCGAGGCUUGUGCAUUUGCUCAGAUCUCACUGCAGUACAAUAUCCUCCCUCCUCCAGACUUCUCCUCCUUCACCAUCAACGCCAGCGCAUCAGGGGUCUGCAACAGUACAAAGAAAACAUCUCUCAGAGUUGAUAUACUUGUCAGGUACAAUGGUGGGCGGGAGGAAACUAACAUGGUGAUCAUCAGCAUCCGUCUUCUGUCAGGAUUCCUCCUGGAUAAAAGUUCACUCACACAGCUGAAAGCUAGUCCCACUGUGAAGCGUGUUGAAGAGGAAGAAGGUCAUGUGAUCAUCUAUCUGGAUGAGCUGAAGAAGAUGGCACCCAUGAUAUACUCACUAACCAUAAACGAGGAUGUACCAGUGAGGAACCUGAAGCCUGCAGUGGUGAAGGUUUAUGACUACUAUGAUAAAAGUGAUGAAGCUGUGAGUGAGUACAGCUCCCCCUGUGCACAGGGUGAUGACUUAAACCAACUGUGAACGGGGGACCAGCCACAUCUUUUUUGUCAGUACACUGGACAAUCUUCAGAUACAUUCUGUAUUUAAUACUCAUUGUUUUAAUUAGGUGAUAUGUAAUAUUGAAUUUUGAAUUAAAGUUUGAGGAAUGAUG